CUGUUUCAGAAUGAACACUAUUAUCUUUUUCUUGCAAUUGUUAGUGCGACACUUUGUCAUCCAAGCGGUGAAGAUGGCCGUGGCGGAAAAGGUGGUCCAGGAGGUCGUGGACCACCACCGCCACCACCUCCGCCUUUCCUCGAAAAUGUCAGCGAAGAAGCUAGAGAGGAGUUCUUCGCCAUCUUGUCUAACGAAGAUGAGACGAUUACCGAACAGAAAAAGGACAUUUUGAUCUGGGCGCAGAAGUACGGAAUUGAGGCUCAAGUUCAAGAGUUCAACACCAACAUGACCAAGCUCAAGGAUGAGCUCAAGAAGAAUGUAACAGAACUUAUUAGCGCCCUGCCAGCGGCACUAGGAAAAGAUCUCAGCCGUAAUGGAGAACAAAGACCAGACGAGACUCGAGAUGAGGGAAGCUAUCAAAGCUUUGAAGGCGGAAGAUCCUAA